AUGAAAGCUAUAUGGAGUGAUAUUGAAAAUGGGUUGACCUCGGGUGAUGACUCCACUUCUCAAGAUGAUGAAGAGAAUGUUAUGGCUUUUAUAAGACAACUCUCCUAUUCCCCUAGAGAAACUUCCAUUAGAGAAGUUGAAGCAAGUCCUACCACAGAAGUAGAUGACUUGGAAGAGAAAAUCCCCACUUGGGUGGAGGAUGAAGAUUGCUACGAGGAUAUUCAAGAUGUAUGUGAACAAUUGUAUGUGCAAUUCCUCAAGCAACAAGAGAAG